AUGGCGGAGGAGAUGGUGGCCGAUGAAGUUACGGCUCCUCCUCGUAGGGUUCUUAUCAUCUCCGCUGGCGCUAGCCACUCCGUUGCUCUACUCUCUGGGGACAUUGUUUGUUCAUGGGGUCGAGGAGAGGAUGGACAAUUAGGCCAUGGAGAUGCAGAGGAUCGACCUUCUCCAACACAGCUAAGCGCCUUAGAUGAGCAUCAAAUUGUUUCCGUUACCUGUGGUGCUGAUCAUACGAUUGCUUAUUCAGAAUCACGUAUGGAGGUCUACAGUUGGGGAUGGGGUGAUUUUGGGAGAUUAGGACAUGGGAACUCAAGCGACUUGUUUACUCCGCUGCCAAUCAAAGCAUUGCACGGUGUUCGUAUUAAGCAGAUUGCUUGUGGGGAUAGUCAUUGUCUGGCUGUGACCAUGGAAGGAGAGGUUCAAAGUUGGGGGCGAAACCAGAAUGGUCAACUUGGUCUGGGGGACACAGAAGAUUCUCUAGUGCCUCAAAAGAUUCAAGCCUUUGAGGGAAUACGAAUCAAAAUGGUUGCUGCUGGUGCGGAACACACAGCUGCGGUUACAGAAGAUGGUGACCUGUAUGGAUGGGGGUGGGGACGAUAUGGAAAUCUGGGAUUAGGUGACCGGAACGACCGCUUGAUUCCUGAAAGAGUUACUUCUGCUGGUGGUGAGAAGAUGGCGAUGGUUGCUUGUGGAUGGCGGCACACAAUAUCAGUAUCCUACUCUGGAGCAAUAUAUACUUAUGGAUGGAGCAAAUAUGGACAACUUGGACAUGGAGACUUGGAGGAUCACCUUGUUCCUCACAAACUGGAAGCGCUGAGCAACAAUGUUAUCUCCCAGAUUUCAGGAGGUUGGAGACAUACAAUGGCUUUGACUUCUGAUGGAAAACUAUACGGAUGGGGUUGGAAUAAGUUUGGGCAAGUAGGAGUGGGAGAUAAUUUAGACCAGUGCUCUCCUGUGCAAGUGCGAUUUCCCGAUGAUCAGAAAGUAAUUCAAGUGUCAUGUGGAUGGAGACACACCUUGGCUGUGACUGAAAGAAACAAUGUGUUUGCUUGGGGCAGAGGUACAAAUGGACAGCUCGGCAUUGGAGAGUCUGUUGACAGGAAUUUUCCCAAGAUAAUAGAGGCACUGAGCGUCGAUGGAGCAAGUGGACAACAUAUAGAAUCUUCUAAUAUUGAUCCAUCUUCAGGCAAACUCUGGGUGUCGCCUUCAGAGAGAUAUGCGGUUGUUCCUGAUGAAACUGGCCUAGCGGAUGGUUCAAGCAAAGGUAAUGGAGGUGAUAUCAGUGUCCCACAAACUGAUGUCAAGCGUGUACGAUUUUGA